AUGCAGCAAUGUUUAUUUACGCUGACACUACUCUGUAUAACUGUCAAAGAUAUAUCAGGUAGCUGGGAAGAAUGGUGGACGUACGACGGUAUAUCAGGUCCAGGUUUUUGGGGUCUAAUCAACCCACAAUGGAGCAUGUGCAACAAAGGUCGCCGACAGAGCCCGGUCAACAUCGAGCCAGACAAACUUCUGUUUGACCCGUGGCUGCGAGACAUACAAUUUGACAAACAUAAGGUCAGUGGGGUUCUCCAGAACACUGGUCAGUCACUAGUCUUCCGUGUAGAAAAGGACAGCAAGCACCAAGUCAACAUCAGUGGCGGUCCGCUCUCUUAUAGAUACCAGUUUGAAGAAAUAUACUUUCACUACGGAUUAGAUGACAAUAGAGGAUCUGAACAUCAAAUUGACCAUCAUACGUUUCCUGGCGAAAUUCAAUUAUACGGUUUCAACAAAGAACUGUACCAUAACAUGUCUGAAGCACAACAUAAAUCACAAGGCGUCGUGGGCAUCUCACUAAUGGUCCAAAUUGGAGAGCCAACAAACAAAGACUUAAGACUCAUUACGAGCGCCUUCAACAAAGUUAUGUACCGAGGCAGUUCCUAUCCCAUAAAGCAUCUACCCCUAAGCUCUUUGUUGCCCAACACUCAGCAGUACUUGACAUACGAAGGCUCCACCACCCACCCAGGCUGUUGGGAAACAGCCGUCUGGAUUAUAUUCAAUAAGCCCAUCUAUAUAUCAAAACAAGAGAUGUACGCGAUACGUCGUUUGAUGCAAGGUUCGCAGUUAACGCCAAAAGCGCCCCUCGGGAACAACGCCCGUCCCGUACAACCUCUUCACCACCGCACUGUGCGAACUAACAUCAACUUUAACAAACAAGGGUUACCGGUAUCGAGCAACUGUCCAGAUAUGUACCGCAAUAUGCACUAUACAGCAACUCAGUGGCCAAGAGAACACAGUAUGCGGUACAGAAGCACUGAAGACCUAGCGAUGCUCUCUCUAAAC